UAAAAAGACAAAAGCAAAAAAAGAAAAAAAAAAUGAAAUAGUCAAUAAAUAUUGUCCAUUGACUUCCUGAAUUUUUAUGUUUCAGGAAACUGAGUUGAAACAACGAUCAUGAAUGAAUAAAUGAGAGCAUCCCAUUGGAGUUCAUCCUCUUAGGCUUCUCAGAGCGACCAUGGCUGGAGUUUCCACUCUUUGUUGUCUUCUUCAUUUCUUACAUUGUGACUAUCUUUGGGAAUCUGACCAUUAUUCUAGUGUCACGCCUGGACUCCAGACUCCAUACUCCCAUGUAUUUCUUUCUUACCAAUCUGUCACUCCUAGAUCUUUGCUACACCACAAGUACAGUUCCACAAAUGCUGGUAAAUUUAUACAGCGCCAGAAAGGUAAUUAGUUAUGGCGGCUGUGUGGCCCAGCUGUUCAUGUUUCUGGCCUUGGGGGCCACUGAAUGUGUUCUGCUGGCCGUCAUGUCCUUUGAUAGGUUUGUAGCUAUUUGUCGGCCUCUCCAUUACUCCGUUAUCAUGCACCAAAGGUCCUGCCUCCAAUUGGCAGCUGCAUCUUGGAUUACUGGUUUCAGCAACUCAGUGUGGUUGUCUACUCUGACUCUCCAACUGCCACUCUGUGGCCCAUAUAUACUAGAUCACUUUCUCUGUGAAGUCCCUGCUCUGCUCAAAUUGUCCUGUGUUGACACAAGAGCAAAUGAAGCUGAAUUAUUCUUUGUAAGUGUGCUAUUCCAUCUGGUACCCUUGACACUUAUUUUUAUAUCAUACGCUUUUAUUGCCCAAUCAGUGUUGAGAAUUCAAUCUGCUGAAGGUAGACAAAAAGCAUUGGGAACAUGUGGCUCUCAUCUAAUUGUGGUGUCACUUUUCUAUGGUACAGCUAUCUCCAUGUACCUGCAAUCACCUUCACACAACUCCAAGGACCAGGGAAAGAUGGUUUCCCUCUUUUAUGGCAUCAUUGCACCCAUGCUGAACCCCUUGAUAUAUACACUUAGGAACAAAGAGGUAAAGGAAGCCUUUAAAAGGUUAGUUGCAAGGGUCUUCUCAAUCAAGAAAUAAGUGUUAAAAAAAAAAAAGUGCCCAAAAUACAGUCAGUUGUACUAAGCCAAUAUAGUCAAAACAAGACAUAAAUACCUAACAUAAUUGCCAUCUUAGUCCCCCAGGAAUGUAACUUUUACUCAGACAACCUGGAAUCAACUGGUCAGCACAAAGUGAGGUAACCUCCCCACUAGGCCCCUCCAUUCCCUUUAGGAAGGCAACCUUGUCUGAAGCAAUGCAUUCUUUGCUAAUAAUUUCCUUUUUAUUUUUAGGCCGCUUUUCUGCUUUUAAAAACCAUCCCUUUCUACAGCUAGGCAGAGCUCUUUUCAAUUUGCUAAUGGAAUGCUGCCUAUUCCUAAAUCAUUUAGUAAAGUCAACUAGAUUUUCAAAAUUUUAUGAUUGAAUUUUUGUUAUUUAUCAUAAGAAAUAAAUGAUAAGCUUUGUAAAUGCUUCUUUUCAAGUUGCCCUAUUCUCAUUAUUCCUAUAGAGAACUACUGUGAUCAUCUCCCUCAAAUAAAAUUUCAUUGACAGGAAGCUACACUAGUCUUUUGUUACCUAAACAUAUUUAUUGAAUAAGUAACCAGAAUUAGUCUUCCAGUUCCCCAGAAAUUGUGUAACCUCAACAUAUUCAGACUUUAUAACAAUGUUUGUAUAAUUUGCCUUAACUUAGACCUUUCUGAGAAUACGAUAAAAGCCAGAAAUCACUUCUCUGGUAAUAUCAUAUGUACACACAUGCACACAUGCACAUACACCCACACACACCGCACACACUUUGUUUCACACCGCUAAAGGAGGUUGACCAAAACCAUGAAAAAUAACAAUUUUACAUUUGGAUAUGAGAUUAACAAGCUUAGUUUCAAUUUUUCAGUGCCAUACCUAUGUAAGCAUAAUAAUAAAAAACACAGCGAUUUUUCUUCUAGAAUUGUACCCAGAUUUGCAAUUCUCUAUACUCAGGUUUUCCUCUUCAUUGGAAUUCUUUUCUGUUUCCUUUAUAGAUCAAAUCCUAGGCAUUUAUUAUGCCUAACUUAUUUUCACUUCCUUGAUUUUUAAAAUAAUUCUCUCAAUUAUCAAUAUUUUCACUAUUCUCUUAAACUGUAAAACACAGCUUUGAUUUUAAAAUAGUGCAUCUUUCAUGAUUUCCAAUGAUUUAUUGUUUCAUACAUGUUUCUUGCACAGUAGUUUCAUUGCAUUUUAGUCUCCUUAAGAGAACAUAAACUAUUCCAUAAGUACUGGAUUACUACACCCUACAUCUUACUGUAUUACCUUUAGGAGCCAUUAAAGUGCUGAGGAAGUACUUACAUAUUAGUUGGGUCUUUAGACUGUCGAGUGAUUCAUCACAUUACAGAUACUUAAUUGUGCUUCUUUAUCUUUUUCUCCUUUGUUUUCUUUUACCAAUAUGUUACAUAUCUAGAAAGUACAAUAAUUGAAAAAUACGUUUAUCAUGUUUCUCCUUAAAAUACUACAAUAAUACCAUGUGUUUUUGCCAUAAUGCAAUGCUGAU